AUCGUAAGGAAAUUCAUACGAAUGAAAGCGAAAGAAGAUGAGCAACUUCUACCGAAAUUCAAUAAUAACUCAUCUUUGAAAAAAUUACAGAACUGUCGCAGAGUCACUUUGCGCAGUGACUAUGUCGAGUACUGUGCCAAAGGUUCUGUUUCGCUCAUAGGCGGUGGUGGAUCAGGUCAUGAGCCUUACGCUGCAGGCUACAUUGGAAGUGGAAUGCUCACUGCGGCCAUAUCCGGUAACGUAUUCACCUCACCACCAUCACGUCACGUCAGCGCAGCUUUAAACUCCACUACAACGAGAGGUGGGUCAAUCCUGUUCGUCAUCAACUACACUGGUGAUCGCCUCAAUUUCGACUUAGCAGCUGAACGAUAUGCAGCAGUUGGACACCACGUACGAAUAGUAUCUAUCGCCGAUGAUGUCGCUAUCGAACCUUCAAAUUCUACGGUAGGCCGAAGAGGUUUGGCGGCCGCUGUACUCGUCAUAAAGAUUGCUGGUGCUAUGGCCGAAAGCGGAAAAUAUACCAUAGAUGAAAUAGAAAGCUUUAAGAAUAUCCAUUAUGAAACUUUCAGGUACUAUGGGAGUUUAUAUCCCUGUACCCUACCAGGUUUUGGCCAAACAUUCGAAAUCCCGAACGAUAUGAUGGAAAUCGAUUUCGGUAUUCAUGGUGAACCGGGAUUUCCUCGUGAUCCAGUCCGUUCCGCACGAGAAAUCAUCGACACUAUGAUGGCUAAGCUUCAAACGGACAUUGGGUUCACUAGAGGUACGUAUCAAUACGUCGACGCUCCCAGUUCUCAGGAACGACGACGGCAAGGAGCUUCACUGUGUGUGGCAGAUAUUCAUCCAGUUACACCACCUGUAACGAUCCUUAAUGAAGAGGAAUGCGUGACACAUCCCUAG